AUGGGGUAAAUGUAUGCAUGACAUAGCACAUAUUUUGUUAAUUUCAUAAUUUAUGUAAAUCUAGUAAACAUGGCCACCGAAGGAGUGUCAGGAAAAUAUACAAGUGAACUUGAAAGGAAAUCGACUUAAUGGCAUCAUUCAUUUCUGUAGAAUAUGUGCUUUAGAGUUGAGAAAUCAUAAAGAUUUAAAUUUUGUAGCUGGCUCAGGCGAAUUUAGGCCUAUUGACGCAUUAGUUCAAUUGUCGUUUGCAAUCGCUGACACGUCGCAAUAUGUGUGCCGAAAGUGUAGAGGAAGUUUGAAGUUGUGGGUACAAGCGAGGCAUAAAGCAAACAAAAUUGAGAAAGAGCUGGAAGAAAUAUAUGCAAAAUCCACUUCUGACAGCAGGAAAGUUGCUUUUGUCAGCCACAGUAUACCAAAUCAACAUGAAAAACACGAGCCAGUGACGGAAUGUAAAGCAGUCCAAACGAACUUAUCAUUUCCAAUUGAAACAGAAUCGAGUACAAGCGAUACUGUUGCUUAUGUUCAUGUGUGUUGGCCGAGUGGUUAUCGUAGUAGAAGACUUCCACCUGAUCUUACGCAACUGGCAAUUCAUCUACUUAGAACUCAAAACAAAAAUAUGGCGAAGUUUGCAUUGAAGCACCCCCUAAUAAGAGCUCACAUCAUAACUUUUAUUGAAAAAGAGAUUAAUAAAGAGUGCCAGGAAAUGUGCAGGGAAACUGUAAAGGUUCAAGCUAGUGGCAAUGAUAUUCCUGUAGAAACAGAACCAAAAAGUAGAAGAAAUAUUUUUGCAUUUCCAUUGUCAACAUCAGGGAAAAGAUGUCAGAUGAUGACAACAAAGUUACAGGAACAAAGAAAUUUGUGA